GUGGAGCGCGGCGGACGUGGCUCGGGUCCGGCGCCCGCCCCGCCCCGGCCCGCCGCAUCCCUACCCGCCGGCCCCGGGAUGCGUGUGCGGCGCCCGGCGCUCUGCGCGCCUCAUUCAUUCGGACCCGCUCCGGGUGGGAUAAGAACAUCCUCUGGGGACAGAAAAUUGGUUUCCUUUCUCGUAAGUGGCUCCUGUAGUGCGGAGAGGAGCUGUGAUUAGACAGCGCUGCCCCCGCCCUGUUCCAGGAAAUGCAUGCCAAGAGUCCAUGUGGAUCUCGGAAAUAGACGGACUUCAAGAAGUCAGGGGUCCACACCGAGCAAGAACUUUGCCACCUCUCUUUUGAUUCUAAAAACAGUGGGACCAUGGAUAUCAUAGAGACAGCCAAACUGGAUGAACACAUGGAAAACCAGACUGCAGACCCCGCCAGCACCUACACAAGACCUGCAGAGCCCAGCGAAGAAGAGAACAAAAAUGGCCCCGGGAAAGCUAAGAGCUUACCCAACGGACUGCGGAAAGGCACCAAGAAGUACCCGGACUAUAUCCAGAUCGCUAUGCCCACUGACUCGAGGAACAAGUUCCCCUUGGAGUGGUGGAAGACGGGUGUCGCCUUCGUGUAUGCCCUCUUCAACCUCGUCCUGACCACAGUCAUGAUCACAGUUGUCCACGAGAGGGUCCCUCCCAAGGAGCUCAGCCCUCCGCUCCCGGACAAGUUUUUUGAUUACAUUGAUCGGGUGAACUGGGCGUUUUCUGUAUCAGAAAUCAAUGGGAUUAUAUUAGUUGUGCUGUGGAUCACCCAGUGGCUGUUUCUAAGAUACAAGUCCAUAGUGGGACGCAGAUUCUUCUUCAUCAUCGGGACUCUGUACCUGUACCGCUGCAUCACCAUGUACGUCACCACGCUUCCCGUGCCUGGCAACCACUUCCAGUGUGCACCGAAGCUCAACGGGGACUCCCAGGCCAAGGUUCAGCGGGUCCUGCGGCUGAUCUCCGGCGGGGGCCUGUCCAUCACCGGCUCGCAUAUCCUGUGUGGUGACUUCCUCUUCAGUGGCCACACGGUCGUGCUGACCCUGACCUACCUAUUCAUCAAAGAAUACUCGCCCCGCCACUUCUGGUGGUACCACCUGGUAUGUUGGCUGCUGAGCGCCGCGGGCAUCAUCUGCAUCCUGGUGGCGCACGAGCAUUACACCGUGGAUGUCAUCGUGGCCUACUACAUCACCACGCGGCUCUUCUGGUGCUACCAUGCCAUGGCCAACGAGAAGAACUUGAAGGUCUCCUCACAGACUAACUUUCUAUCUCGAGCCUGGUGGUUCCCCGUCUUUUACUUCUUUGAGAAGAACGUCCAAGGCUCCAUUCCUUGCUGCUUCUCCUGGCCGCUGUCCUGGCCGCCCGGCUGCUUUAAAUCCUCCUGCAAAAAGUAUUCCCGGGUCCAGAAGAUCGGCGAAGACAACGAGAAGUCUACCUGAGGGGCGAGACCAAGGCAGCGGCUCUUAGACCCGAAGAGCUGCUGCUGUCACCAAAGGUAUAGUUUUGUAAAUUUUCAGAGAACUGAUGGAAAAUGAAGAAGUGGACCAAAUUUUAUAUAAAGGAUUAGAAAGAUGAAGUAUUACCCUUUGGCUGUUUGGGUUUGGGUUUCGCAUUCAUCCAGAGGAAGAUUCUCCCGAAGCCUUUGUUCCUGAUGACAAGCCCGCCACCACGGGGACGUUAGCUGAGAGUUUGUUCCAGAUGCCAAAGAACCAGCCCCUCCCCGCAGCCCCCGCCACCAGGCUCACUCGCCUUCCGACUUGUCUCCCUGUGAGGUCAGAAGAAAUUGUUAAUGUUUUCAAUAAAUUCCCUGCCUGUGUCUCCGACGACCUCCGCGGGACGCCCUGUUGCUGAGAGAGGGUGAGCCCAGGCGUGUCGGAGGAGGACGCCCCCACAGAGGGGAGUGUCGGGGGUGGGGAGGGCACACUUGACCCCACCCUGUCUGGCUGCUGCUCCCCCCCUUUGCACCCCCCAUCACUCUGGGUUGCUGUUGUCUCCGAUGGUGAUUUGGUCGAGACAGCGGAAGGUCACGUCUGUGAGCUGGGGAGCGUCCAACAGCUACACCUACGUGGGAAUCGUUCCCGGCCACAGCUGGAGGGAACACGGGCAAGGCUGUUACUGCAGGACGGCGCCUGGUGUGCCCACAAGUGGGCCCCCCACUGUGUGUGUUGGGGGGGUAGGGAAUGUGCUGGUGGCCUGCGGGUGCAGACACUGAGGCCCAGACUUGGGGGCACGGGCUGGCAGGCUGCUGGGGUGACCCCGGGGUGUGCCCUGGUUCCCUGCUGAUGGGACUCUCGGCAGGACAGCUGGUUACAGCCCUGGGUGGCUUCUUCCUGGUCCCUGCAGAAGGGACCUGAGAUUCCCACUGGCGGGGUCCCAUGGGGGUCUCGGGGCAUACAAACGAGAUUGUUUCCCUUCAGCCCCCAGCAUCCACCCCAUGCUCAUGUAAGCGGGAAAAUUAUGGCAGACAGUGAGUGGCAGCUCGGGAAGAGGGAAGAGGCGUUUCUAAAGUUCUUUCAGGUGAUACAUCCCCCCAAACCCCCCUCCCCCCCACCCAAGGUGGAUUCGCAAAAUCCAGUCGUAGCUCACGCUGUCGUAGCUACUUUUUGGUUUGAUACAGUUGAAUCUCUGGGGUGAUUUUGGGCUUAGUAUAAGAUUUCUGAUCACCUCCCAGAUUUCAGGUUGCCAGAGCAGCCAAAGCUGCGUCAGCAGGAAGCGCGGCCCCUGUAGCGAGGUAGUUCGGAAGCUGCUGAAGCUGAACACCGCCUCUGCUUUGAGUGAGAAAUCAGCCUAAAUGUGUCAUCCGACGCUUGUCGCACACCAGAUUGACCUUUAAUUUGUAAGCACAAUACAGAUCUCUUCAGAGACUCACAGCCCUUUGGUGCUAAGAAUUCUGUGUUUUCAAGCCAGCCCCGGCUCCCACUUAGAGAAUCCCUGCAGGAAAGCGAGCAGGAUUCAAAGGCAGGAAGAAGCUCUCUGAUCUGGUUAUUUCAAACAAGAAUCAAGACGGCCUUGGCAGGGUCCACAGAGUAGGAAGUUUGUCUAGUAUUUAUGAUGACGUGAACCAACAGGAAGUAUAUCUACCGAUCAGCCGUUUCUAUACCGUUUUCACUGACUUUUCUUACUGAUAUUGACUUUUGUGAUGGAACCAGGGAUUUGCUUAACACCGACAUCCUGCUCUCUGGCUGGGAGGGGCCUGGGCCGUGUUCUCCUGGCUCUGUCUAACUCCUGGAGCCUCUCAUUCAGGCAAAACAGCCCGACAUGCCUUAGCAUCUUAGCUUUGUCUCUGGAAACCCACUUUCCCUUCCGUUAGAGAAGGAAAAGUAUUUAAGCUUUGAAAAUGUCUUCGUGUGUUGCUCAUGGGAGAUCCUUGAAAACAGGAAACUUGUCAUUUUAGUUAAGAAUCCAGUUUUGUUUUUCCUUUCUAAAAGGAGGGGGAUGCCAUCACCUUCCAAAGAACUUUAAAAACAUCCGUGAGGGACACCUGAGUCCCAGCUUCUGUCCACCGCUGGUCACAGAGCCCUGGGGUGCUAAGGAAGUCUGUGGUGUGAAGGACCCAUCCACAUUUCCAGACGCUAAAGUAAGAGGGAAAAGUGAAAUCAAGCUCCCUGUAGGACAGCAACCCUGAAGGGAGCUGCGAUUCCUCAGUUUCCCUCUUGGGAGCUGCCUCUCCUUGCUCAUUCCCUGAAGCCCCCCCCCCCCAGCCCUGAUUUCCGCACUUUGGGUGGUCCUGCAGCCAGAGGGUCUUCCUGCGACCCACCUACCGAGCCUUCUGUGCCAUACAGACAACAUUUUACUCUAAUGAGGCUACAUUGUUUUCGAGAUUCUUUCAAAUGGAAAGAAAUUCCCCUGAGAUUCUAUUUUAGGAACUUCUUCUCCCCAGCUCUGAAAAUAAAGCACUCCCCCCCCCCCAAUCCCACACCCCACCCCAAGGACCACCCAAAGUGGUUUUGAGCUUUUGUUCCUUUCCUGGUCUCUGAGAAAUGGAGUCUGGCCUUUGCCGGUUCACCCCGGUUUGCACAGAAGAUGGUUCUUUGCUGGACACUAGUGCCCCCUUGUGGAAAGGUGUUAUAUGACUUGCCACUUUUUAAAGCAUCAAGGGUUUUUUUUUUUUUUAAAGCAUUUGUUUUGUAUUGUUUUUACCAGUAAUCUAAAAGCUUUGUGCAAAAUAAAUUAUUUUAUUAUUUUUAUUUUUGGUAAAAGAAAUUAUUUUAAAGGCAUAUGAAACCCUUCUCAAAGGGUUUAGAUCACAGGGAGUUGCAAUUCUAAUCUUUCAUCCAUUUAAUGGAAAAAAAGAAAACAGCCAUUUUUACCUCUGAUUCUCACGAUCGUUAAUGUCUCCCUUUAUAACUACCUACACUUUGUUUACUUUGAAACACCAAGCGUCCUUCUUGUGAUGGGUUUUGCACAUGUUGGAAGUCGUGCAGUUGUUUUUUUUUUUUAAUUGAAAAUUCGUAUCUUGUACUUUGACUCUUUGGAACAUUUUAUUUAAACACUUUUUGUCGUCGUUUUUAUUUUGCACUGUAAAAUUUAUGAAAAAUUUAAACCAGUCUUAAUAUGCUUGUUUCUUCUGUAGUCUAAGUGUGAGAAAGAGUAAAUGCGUUUACAAGUUUUAAUCAAAUCGACAAAAGACUCUUCCAUGUGUUGGAGGCUCUUCUUUUUUGUACAUAAAAAGGUUUCUUGUAUUUUUUUAAUGUCAUUGUGCUACUCUAAUUUAACUUCUUUUGACUUAAUUGCUAAAACAUUUUGUUAAGACGUGCUCUUGACACACUGAAAAUCCAUGUCAAAAGUACCCAAAGUUACAUUUUUAUAUUAAGAAAGACCACCUAAGCCCUGAUUUAUUUUAUUACCCAUUAAUCAAACUGUAAUAUGUUCUAGUUGAAUCAUGAAAGAAGAUGGUUUAGUUGUGGAAUUAUUUUAAAUUGUCUCUAAAAGAAGAGAACCUAUAAACAUAAGCUAAUCCAGUUGCCAAGUUGAAAUUUAUUAUUUUAUUUACCUCCUAUGCAAUGAAUAAUGCUGCAAAAUGUCAAAUAUACAAUUAUGUUACAGGAUAAUCACAAAAGAAAUAGCAUUACAGUUUCAGAGGGAGCCGACUGCAUUCUUUCAGAAACUUACUCUACUGUUUGAAUGUGUUAAGUGCCUUGUUGUAAAGUAAAUUUUGAGUCAAGAAUUCAUUCUUUUCCUGGCAUAUAUUUUUCAUUAUGAUGUAUACUAUGUCCUAUGGUAAUCGUUUUAUUAAAUGCUUAUGUUUUGAUCAAAUAUUUGUACAUUUCGGAAACUAUUCUCUCCACCAGAACCUUAAUCAUUGGUCUGCCGUUCCGGCUUUAAAUUCAAGCUGUUUUGUUUUCUUGUUUUUAAAGAGGAAACAAUCUUUGUUCAUAAUUGUUUCUGCGCUUGUGCAUCUCUGUUUGUAAAAACAUUUCAGGAGGAAUUUGGGAGUGUCACAAUAGUUUGUACUUUAAAAUGCUGUUUUACACUUACAUUUUAAGUGCCUGUUAGUUAAAACUAAUUUAUGUUUCUGAAAAAAAAUACAUGUACAUGGUUUCUGAUCUCUUUGGCUUUGCUUAAAAAAGAAUAAAGAGCCUAUACUUUGUAUUUACCCAAUAAAGGAUAGUGGUGUCAAUUGUCUU